AUGGCCAUUGAACUCGUCCCCCUCCCCCUGCCCGCUUCAGCAGACGCUUCCAAGUUCGCAGACUUUGGUCGAGAAGUCAAGGGUGUCGAUCCUGGCAACUUGACGGACGACGACUUUAAGAAGAUCCAUGAUGGGCUGUACAAGCAUGGUAUCUUGCUCUUCAGGAAUGCGAAUAUGACACCCGAGCAGCAGUACUUGCUCACCAAGAAAUUCGAUCCUCAGUCUGAGAGCUAUGGUCACGGCAACAACAAGACUGGCGAAACCAAGAAGUCGAUCUUGCAUCCCGACCUCAAGACGAUCCCCUCUGUCCCACAAGUCCAGCUUAUCGGCAACGGCACCGUCUACGACCACUGGGGCCUCGCCGAAGCGAAGCUCAAGCACCCUUCCCACACCACCUUCCACAAGACCGUCGUCUCGCCUGAGGACAACGAUAAAGGUGUGACGCGGUUCUACCGCUGGCAUAUCGACGCUGCGCUGUACGACCUCAACCCACCCCGGGUAACGACCCUCUAUGGGCUUACCGUCCCACAAGGCCCCACCCAGGUGUGCAGAUAUGAUGACGGCACAGGGGACGAGUUGCCUGUUCCGCUUGGCACGACCGCGUUCGUGUCGGGCAAGACGAUGUUUGACAUUCUGCCCAAGGAGUAUAAGAGUUUGGCCGUGAGGACUAAAGUCAAGUAUGCGCCUCAUCCGUAUGUCUGGAUGGCUCCUGCCAAGGCCAUGUCCACUGGUUUGGGGAUUGAGUCGGAAGGGUUGGAGUUGCCUCUUGACGAGCUCCCGCCUUGGGAGGAAGCGAAGAUCAAGCUUUUCCCCGUGCUGUGGAAGAACCCUGUGACGGGCAACCUCCACUUCCAGGUCCACCCCUGCGGCGCACAAGAACUUCACAUCGCUCCUCUUCCCUCAGGUGCCUCCCUAGAAGGCGCCCUGUACCCCAACGGAGCCAAGAUCACCGACCUUGAAGAAGUCCGUAAGAUCUUGUACAAGAUGCAGCGACCUGCGAUCGCGCCUUCUCUUGUCUACCCUCACGACUGGAAGGAGAACGACUUUGUGUUGUUCCAUAACAGGGGUGUGCUGCAUACUGUCGUUGGGGCGUUUAAGCCUGAUCAGGUUAGAGCGUUCCACCAGUGCAAUUUGGCUGCCUCGGACGAGCCUGUUGGGCCUUCUGAAGAGGAUGUGGAUGCUUGGGCUUAA